CGGCCGAUACCACCCGUGCCGUAUCUCCGCGCACGAUAACUUCCCGUUGACACGUUGCGUACUGGCAAACACAACGUAGGAGAGACUCGCCGCCGCAAACAUUGCGAAGUUAUAGCCGGUCCAUAUUUAAGCGUAGUAGUCUACGUAGUAACAGUGUGUGUUCCUUCGACAUGGACAAAAUCGACCCUGAGCGACUCAUCAGCUUGGUGCACGGCCGGCCGGGCCUGUGGGACAAGAGUCUGGAGAGUCACAAGGACUUUGUUUUGAGAUCAAACGCGUGGAAAGAUAUUUGUAGGACUUUGAAUCCAGACUUUAAUGAUAUGCCUCGUAAGGAAAGAAAUGCUUAUGUGAAAACAGUUAUGAAGAAAUGGACGAACAUGCGAGACGCCUGGAAAAAGACAGUCUCCGAAGAUAAACGGAAGUUUAAGCCUUACGUUCAUCACGAACAAAUGAAGUUUCUUCUGAAGAACUAUAAUAAAGGUGACAUCACAGACACAGAGCAGUGCAAGGAAGUAAUAGAAGAGUAUAGCGAUGAUGCUUCGGAAAGCGUCGCCAGCAGCAGCAACAGACCAGCCAAGAGACUAAAAACACACGAGCAAGAGGAACGAGACGCCGCCUUCGUCCAUUACAUGAACGUAAAGUCAGCCCACGCUGAAGAUCCUCACAUCUCAUUCUUUAGAAGUCUUUUACCGAGCUUACAAAAACUGGACGAAGAUGAAACAUUAGACUUUCAAAUGGGUGUCAUCAAACUACUACAGGAGAUAAGGAGGAGAGCAAGGGUCCCAUACCACGAGCCCUACCUACACUACGGCUUGCCGUCGUCCAGCUACGAAAUGGUUGAAAUUAAAAAAGAUGUUGACUAGGGUUUACUUCAUUUUACAUCCUUAAGGUGAAGGCGAAAUUGCAGGUUCGGAGAUUAAUUAUAGCGAAGUAUGCGAGCAACGACCCUGCCGGCCCUGCCAACAUUUAUCCCCGUGGCGUUUCGUGAGUGCUGAAGUGGGGAUCGCUGUCAUUGCC